UGUCCGCUUUUGUUCUGUUGGAAAAGGGGGCUUGUUCUUUGGAGAUCAGCCUGCCAUUUUAACCGGGGGUGUGUUAGCGCCUGAGCGAGAGGCUUGACAAGGCAACGGAGUGGGAUGGGAGCAGAGAGGAGAGAAGGAGCGUCCUGCCUGCAGUCCUGACACAAGCGAGCGGAGCAGCAGCAGCAACGAGUCACUGGGAGACCACUGAGGAGCCCAAACCAGCCCGAGAUCACACACACCUGAAGGCCGCAGAGCACCAUAGGGAUUACAAACCUGGAGGAAUAGUCUGACAGCGCGGACGAAAAAUUGAAGAAGAAAAAAAAAACCUGCAGCGCUUUUCCCAAAACUUCAUCGCACAGAUCCACUUCUGCAAGUGCACUUAGACUCUGCAUUGCCUUCUGACAGACACAGGCUGUCAGGCUUAUAUUUGAUAGGAACUUAUCAUUCAUAAUUUUAAUAAGAUAUUUCAGCCGAGCAGGAGCUUCCACAGUGACGGACAAUUAAUCGAUGGAGAAUAUGUCCGCAGGACAUGCAUGACCCUCUCUGUCAGAACCCCCUGAUCCUUUUCGGUGAAAUCUUUGGACUUGACUGUUUGAUUUUAACGAGACCAUCUCUCCGAACAACCUGGGAAAGGCUGUAACCUCAUUACAACAUGCAACUAAUUCCAUCCAGACGUAGCUAUCUGUUUCUACACUUACUUGCAGUUUGCUACUAUGCUCAGGUAACCAAUCAGUCCCCGCCUAAUUUCACGCAGCAUGUAAGCGAGCAGAGCAAAGUGACGGACCGCGUGAGCCGCAGGUUGAUCCGGAUCUACCAGCUGUACAGCCGGACCAGCGGCAAGCAUGUGCAGGUCCUGCCCAACAAGAAGAUCAACGCCAUGGCUGACGAUGGAGAUGUGCACGCCAAACUCGUUGUGGAAACAGACACAUUUGGGAGCCGAGUGCGCAUCAAGGGAGCGGAAACGGGCUUCUACAUCUGCAUGAACAAGCGAGGGAAGCUCAUCGGCAAGAAAAACGGACAAGGCCGUGACUGUAUCUUCACUGAGAUUGUUUUGGAGAACAACUACACGGCUUUGAGGAACGCUCGCUAUGAAAGCUGGUACAUGGCCUUUACGCGCCGUGGGCGGCCACGGAAAGGCUCGCGGACACGCCAGCACCAGCGGGAGGUCCAUUUCAUGAAGAGGCUGCCUAGGGGGCAGCAGCCCGCACACUCGAGCCACCACCACCCUUUCGACUUCAUCCACUAUCCCUUCAGUCAAAGGACUAAACGUACACGGUACUCAUCAGAGCGCUGAGGAGGGGAAGGAAUAAAGAAAAGACAGAGAUGAACGGAGGAGAAACUGACAAACUGACUGAAUUACCAGCAGCAGAUAAUCUCCUCUGCUCUGCAACAACCUCUAGAGACAUUUUUUAUACUGAGCAUUACUAUAUCUUAAUGUGUAGUUUGUUUUCUAUCUUUCUUGAAAAAACUGUAAAUAGACAAAAAUACAUGAGAAAUCUAUUUUUGUACUCCAGACUUAGUACUGACCUGUGUAAAAAAAAAAAAGAAGAAGAGAGAAAAGUUUGUUCUUAGAUGCACAUAACUUGUUGUCUGACUUAUCAAGGACAUCUCUGUAGAGUGCUUUGUGUUUAGUUUUUGUUUGGUUUUUUUUGACCAGUGGAGUCAUUUUUUUGGACUCUCGCCUGCUGCUCAAGGAGACUUGAAGGGCCCUGAUUGACCGCACUGCCAGGGAACGCUGCGUUUAGGGACACAAACUGUCACACACUGUGUUUGAAAGCGCUGGGUGUCAGUAAACGUUGCAUAAUGGUGGUGACACUGCAGUGUGAAAGCUUCUGCUAGAUGCUUCAUCCUGACCGUGUUUCUCACUCUGCUUCUUUCUCACACAGUUGAAGCAAACAGAACUUUAAUAGCAUCUGAUGGAACAAUGUGGCAGCUACAUUUGAUAAUCACAGGUUUCCUGUUCUGACUGUAAUGUUAAUGUGUACAAAAUGCAUUGAUGUGUGAGGAACCCCCUGACACAAACUGCCCCUCUCCCUUUUGUGUUCUUGUUGCCCCCUGAAUGUCUGUUUUUAUAUAAAUAUAUAUAAAACUAUAUUUUUAUUUGAGGAUGUGAAAAAUAAAUUUAAGGAUGGAAUAUUUAUUUAAAAUGUAUAAUAAAUGUACAUUAAAAUACUGAUAUUAAA